AUGUUUGAUGGCAGUUUUAAGUCUUCACGUAAAGUAAAUCUCAGUGGCCGGAAGAAACCCACGACGGGGUAUAAUGCUCGUUUAAGUUCAUACAUAUCAAGUUCUAGAGGUCCAAACACAGCCAUGGUAUCAGGUUCGAAGGAGGAAUUACUGCUACAGAAUCGUCUUGCUCGUGAAGAACGAUCGUCUCUCAAGACACGUACAGCUGCUAGUAUCAAGAUUCAAGCUCAAUAUCGUCGUCAAAGGGCUAUGCAAGAGUCUCGUGGUGCUGUUUUUCAAGAAUUAGAGCAACACUUGACGCAGUUAGUGGAAAGUAUUGAGAUACAAGACCAAGCAGUAUUAGCUGACCAUGUACAGCUCAUUGUACGACAAUUUCUAUUCUCUAGAAAGACAAAACAAGUGGCAAGGGAGAGAGUACGCAAAAUUCAAGAUUAUGUGGUACUUAUCAUGCUGAUUAGUUGUUUAAAAGGAUCAGUGGACACUGAUACAAAUAUCUUGGAAGCAGAGAAGGAUCAAGUAUGGAUCUAUCAAGUGACAAAAAUGAGUGAGAUUGUACUCUUGACAUUAGUACAAGAGCAAGUGAAAAUGUCGAUGCAUGAGACUGGUGCGAUGGCUUUAAGCCCUUAUUUACUGCUAUUGGAUACACUUACGAACGGAUCCAAGUACACGACACCAGAAGCACAGAAAGCACAUGCGAACGUCUUAUUUCACCUUGGAGUGACGACGGAAUAUAGUAGUUUUGAUGCUGUGCGUGCAUGUAUUGCUUACCAGGUGAAAAAAGGAGCAUCUUGUACGGAAGCUGACCAGUUGGUUCAAAUGAUUGCAAGAAUUGCUGCUCAAACAUUGCGAUUAUUGGCUCAGGAUCAACACGUUCGAGCUACCAGAAUCACGCAAAAAUUUGCAAAGACAAUAUUACUUUCUGCGUCAUCCGUGAGCUCUCCCAUUAUGAGCCAUGUGAUGGCAGCAGCUUUGUCACCCGAUCAGCUUUCUGAUAGUGACAAAGCUAGCAAGCUAGGGCUCUUUUGGGCAUCAGUGUUGCAUCAUUUUCGUGACGGCCUAGUGUUACCAUUACUUUCGUGGCACCAGCGUGCCAUUGUGGUUGGAAACGUGAUUGAGUUGGCGUCUAUCUGUUUGUUCGAUGAAGCUCUUGUGAGGAUCAUCCCGUUUGUGCUAUCGGAGCUGGUGACCCCGUCGCUGGUGCAGUGGGCGUUCGAUACGAAGCAUACUCAACAAGACCCUAUGGCGACUGAAGAUGACCAUGAUAUGAACGAUGAUGGCGAAGUAAUGAUUGUACCUCCGAUCUAUCUAUCUACCCAAGGUUUCGCAUGGGACGAAGAAGUGCAGCACGGUGUGGACAAACUAGGUGAUGUUGAGUCAAGUGUGCGUGCACAGUGGCAAAAGCUGUGCUACUCCAACUUUAGUGCACGAUGUCUUGAUUUACUGUUGCGUACCAGUGAAAGAUCAUUGGAGCCGACGCAGCCAGAAGAUAGUGCUGUAUCUCAGUUUUGCCACGUUUUGGCCAUUGUGCUUUUGUCUACAGGGCGAUCGUAUAUGUUAACGGUGGCGGCAACGUUUGCAAACCCUCCUCCGGCGUUGUUUGCUCUGCUCAGUGCAAUGACUGUCGAACAGUUUGCUGGUGUUCCCAUUUUUCCUACCAACAAUACAAGCCUAAUCCACAGUAUGUGGCAGUGGAUUGAUCGAGCAAAAAAGCGCAUGGCUAUUCAGCGCUUAACGGCUUCACUUGCAGAUCGUCCGCUGGUAUUUACAACGUCGCAAAUGCAAGUGCUCCUCAUCUUUAACGUCGCAUACAGUCACAUGCUUCUUGGCCUUGUUGAUGAGACGUUUUACAAUGGGCAAUGGCCAUUUCGUUUGGCGGACGUGAUAGCCCUAGUGACAUUUCUGAAGCAGUUUAUCUACGAUAUGUGCUGGACCAUUAAUCGCGACAACACGCUGUCGGUCGGCAGCAUGGACGAAAAGGAACUGGUAUUGUUCUCGACGGUUGUGACAUGUAUCAAGCUGUUCAACCAGCUUUACGAUCGCGAUUGUAGACGUCGAUUUAUGCCCGACGGCGCGUGGUUGUGGCCUUCGAUGCCUGUGAUCGAAGAGGUCGUGGACCUUGAAUUGAUGAGAGAGGGCGGCAAUCAUGAUGCGCACGCGAUUUACAUGCUGAUGAAUGGCAAGGUGCUGUCUUCACACGCGCGUGCGGCACUGAUCCUUGUCACGAUCCCACAAGUGUUGUCAUUUAACGAACGUGUGCAGCUUUUCCAGAAAUUACUAGAAGACGGAAAGACGCAACUUGGCCACAUCCGUGACGAGUUUUCACGGGCAAUACAUGUUCGGGUGAAGCGCGAUGCGAUCGUAGACGAUAGUUUCUAUUUUUUUCAGGAAGUGUGCGACACAAUGUCCCCAUCAGCUCUUAAGUUGCGCGUCAAGGUCACAUUUGUCAACGAGCAAGGACUAGAGGAAGCAGGCGUUGACGGUGGCGGCGUGUUCAAGGAGUACAUGGAUAAUUUGACGAAGAACGCAUUCUCGCCAGAAUAUGGCUUCUUCCUGGAAACGAGUGAGCACCUCCUCUAUCCUAACCCAGGUGCGAGAUACGUCGUGGACUCGCGAAAGGAAGCGCUAGACCGCUAUCGCUUCUUGGGACGAGUAUUGGCAAAAGCUGUGUACGAGAAUAUUCUUGUAGAGCCGCAGUUCGCCGCAUUUUUCCUCAACAAACUCUUAGGCAAGUUCAACUACAUUGAUGACUUGAACUCGUUGGACCCGGAGCUAUACACGUCGCUUAUGCGCCUGAAGCACUACGAUGGUAACGUGGAGGACCUAGCGCUGACUUUCAGUGUGAGUGAGAUGGAAUUUGGGGAAGUGGUGACACGAAACCUCGUACCUGAUGGUGCUAAUGUUCCUGUCACAAACGAGAACCGAAUCCGCUACAUCCAUUUGAUGGCCAAUUACAAGUUGAACGUGCUGUCAUCAAUUGAAAGUGCCGCAUUUCUCAAGGGCUUCCGUGACUUGAUCCCGGGGACAUGGAUUCAAAUGUUUGCACCUGCCGAGCUGCAGAUGCUAAUCGGCGGCACUGCCACCAAUAUCGACAUCGAUGACUGGGAGCGCCACACGCAAUACGGAGGUGGUUACCAUCCAUCCCAACGGGUUAUCCAGUGGUUUUGGGAAAUUGUGAGACGAGACUUCACUAUGGAAGACCGUGCAGCGUUGCUCAAGUUUAUCACGAGCUGCUCUCGCCAGCCUCUGCUAGGCUUUUCGAGAUUGGCACCACAGAUUUGUAUCCACCAGGUUCGUGUUGAAGGCGAUGACCGUCUGCCAUCAAGUGCCACGUGCAUGAACCUCCUCAAGCUACCAGCGUACUCGAACAAGGAGUCUAUGCGUAAGAAGCUGCUAUACGCCAUCCGAUCGAAUGCAGGUUUCGAUCUUUCUUGA